AUGGCCGCUCACACUCUCAGACCGACGUCUUCCGGGUCGGAACAUCAGCAACAGCACCACGGCGAUUUCGUGCUUUUCGGAGAGGAUCCUAUAUAUGCCACUACAUAUCGAACACCAUCUUUCUCCCACCCCGGCAGCAAUCUUUUCCCCCAGGUCCUUUCCGACGUUUCCUUCCCAGGCGUCUUGGGAGAAUCCCACAUCUCGGAUGCCCGCAACAUGAACACUCAUUUCUACUCUCUCGGCACCUCCGGUAUCGAACACGAGCUUCCCGUAACCUCCUCCGCCCCCGGCUUCGACCACCACAUGGCCUACAGCCACUUUGGGGCUUCCGAUAUCCCUCGUUCCACUUACAUGACCGAGUCGUUGACAUCCGCCCCCGAUGUCUUGAUCCACCCUCCGACUCUCUCCUAUCACGCGAAUCAGUUUCCUCAUCCUAGUGAGUACCGAACGACACCUUCUGCUUCCCCCGCAACGUCCGCCGGCGGCUUCGAUGGAUCUGGGAGUGGCCUAUCGGGCUCCGAAGCUGGCAGUGUGCGAGGUUCGCCCUUCAACCCUCCCGUCGGCGUUGAAGACCACCUGCGCAGCUUCGGUGUCGUCGACCCUGCUUUCACCGACAUAGACCCUUCCCUGGUGUCCAAUUCGCCUCCCGCCGAGCAGCCGCUCUCGGCCGUUUCCCCGUACGGCUCUCCCACCUGGGGUACGAUGCAUUCGGGCCCUCCAUCCCCCAACCUGAGAAGACAACACAGCCAGACCGGAAGACUCACCCCCGGUCACCAAGCGUACACCAGACACAUCCCUUACUCGCCGCGAAGACCCUCGACCGGAUCGGUACACUCCCACAGAUCCAUGGGAUCCCCGCACGUCAACAACUUGGAGCAAGAGGAAACGUAUAUCCCCAGCGGGAUGGGAUACCCACCCAGUCGAUCGCCCUCUCAGAAAUCCAACUGUUCCCACAGACACGCAAGAGCGGAGAGCACCUCGGAAAGCAUCAACAGUGCUACCGGCUCGGCCGGAGGAAAUCCUCCUACCAAGGACGCAAAGGAAACACUCUGCCUCGAAUGCAACAAGUGCUUCCGCGACCUCCGCGCCCAUCAAUACACCCACUUAGCUGAGAGACCUGAGAAGUGCCCUAUCGCUACCUGUGAAUACUCGAAGAAAGGGUUCGCGCGCAAAUACGACUGCCAGCGCCACACCUUGACUCACUACAAAGGCACCAUGGUAUGCGGAUUCUGCCCCGGCUCGGGCUCGGCGAUGGAGAAGUCGUUCAACCGCGCAGAUGUCUUCAAGAGGCAUCUCAUGGCUGUCCACCACGUGGAGCAGACACCACCGAACGGUAGACAGAAGAAGAGCUCGAAGGGCAAGGGAUUGCAAGAGGACGACCUUUCGAACCACUUCUCGAGCGGCAAGUGCAGCACUUGCAGCAUCACCUUCGCCACCGCGCAGCAGUUCUACGAGCACUUGGACGACUGCGUUCUCUCCAAGGUUGUGGAAGAGGAGCCGGCAGCCGCCGCCAACGAAAUGAAUCUCUCCCAAAUCAAACUCGAGGAUCUCGAGGAGGACUUUGCACACAUCAACGACGAUGACGAGGAUGACGACGAGGAGCUCGGAGAUGUCGACGAGAUGGACGACGACGAGGAUAAGGACGAGACAUACGUCGGUGGUCCCGUCAAAAAGAACAACAAGAACCGUCGGGCCCCCACCACUCGGUCCAAGGCGAAGACCAUCAAGAGGUCCGGAUCUGGCAGUAGCCGCCUAGGGGACCGCAACGCCAUCACGAAGCCUCUGAGGCGGAGAAAGAAGAAGAAGCACUUUCCCGCGGGAUGGGGCGCAUCACCAGAACACAUGGUCACCAAAAGACGGUGUCUAGUAGUCUACGAUGGCCCCAAGAUGUUGUGCAAGGACGAGAUGAUGAUGAGCACCGAAUGGGAAGUCCGCGCCGAAGUCGGAGACUUGUCCGACCUUGAUUACUGGACCCUGCGGCGAGCUGAGGCCUUUUUGGAUUCCGCACCCAGCCGGGGCGGUGAGGCGACUCCCCUCAUCGGAGGGGUACGAUGA